CUCUGUCCGUGGUCCUGAGCGCUUUUUUCUUGGGUGGAUUUAGUGGAUUGUGUCCCGGCUUCGCUGGACUCAGGACCUGACGGGGAGCGGAACCAUGAGAACCAGGCGGGCUGGCACCGGAGAACCCCGGAUCUGAMACCCCCCUUCCCCUUCUCCUUCUCCCCCCCUUAAAAUCCCCUUCUGCUCACCUUGGAGGUCAUAAACCCAAACCACAGCCCCUCCCUCCCCCCCUCUCAUCCUCCUCUCCACCUCUGAGGGAUUUUCUUUUCUUAAAGGGGGGAUUCGUCCUCAGGAGAGCGUGACACCCCCCCCCACCUUUUUUUUCCCUGGAACGUCCUUUCACCCCCCCACACACACCCCACCACCACCCCUCUAACGAAAUGAGACUGGCCAAAAUGUGCCGACUAAACGCACUGGGGAUCUAUUUGUGGGAAACUGUGGUGUUUUUCAGUUUAGCGGCAUCGAAAGAAGCCGCGGCGAGGAAAGCUGCCUCCCCGAUGCCGCCGUCUGAGUUUCUGGACAAGCUCAUGGGCAAAGUUUCAGGUUACGACGCCAGAAUCCGACCGAACUUUAAAGGUCCGCCGGUCAACGUCACCUGCAACAUUUUCAUCAACAGUUUUGGGUCCAUUGCUGAAACAACAAUG